AUGAUGGCAAUGAUUCCGCCAGAGGCCAUGCGCCAGAAGCUGGAUGCACUCGCACGGCCCUUUAACCAGAUGCUGGUAAGAGAGCAAGAGCUGGAGCUGGAGUUCAGGGCUAUGGAUUCUGACGAUUCUUCCAUAGCCCUCGUGAGCAACACAGAUGAGGCGGUGCAGGAGAUGAUGUCCGGACACGCCUUAGGCUUUCAACCGGAACGAGCGUUCGACACCCUGCCCGUGUACCAGGUUUGCUUCAACCUGCGCCGGCAUCCAAAGACAGGCAUCUUCCAUUCGUUGAAGGAGAAACUCACCAUCGAGAUUCAGAAAUCUCCUGGAGCUGAGGAGUCCAAUCGACUCUUGGAGGUGUACGUUGAGAUGGUUGGCGGAAACUUCCGCAGAGACAAGGUUACCGAGCAAGAAUGUUGCCUUCGACUAUGCUUCUGGACUAUCGAGAAACGGCCAGUGUUCCUGUCCAGUGUGUUCUGGCCCAGAGGAGGUUGCAUGGUGGAUAAGAACGGGAUGCCGGUGACCAUUGAGAAUGGGGGCUAUCUCUCUGACCCCCAGCACGACACUACAAUCGCUGAUGCUGGUGCGGUCUAUGAUCGGGUGGAAGAAGUUGAGCUUCCCGAGGAAGUUCUGCAAGCUUGGGAUCAGGGCCAAUGUUAUCCAGGAGACAUACAUCAAGCAUGCAGGACGGCUGCAGUUCCUUCGAGUUGCCUGUGGGAAGCUCGCCACCUAUUUUCCAAAACCACAACAGAUUCUCACUUGCGGAUGACGAAGCCGAUGAGCCAUUAG